UGGAGGGUGGAAGAUGGUGUCGAAUGGUCCGUGGCGGCUGGAGGUUCACGAUCAUGGCCCCGAGUGGCGGGAGCAGGAGGAGGGACCUUUCCUUCUCACUUUCCAGCGGUUGUUUUUCGCCAUGUGCCGGCUGGACAGCUUCCCCAUGGCGGAGCUUGAAGACAGAUUGAGGAACAACAGAAAUUCUACUUUAUUGCAUCAGAUUUUGCAACAGACAGUUCUUCAUCCUCUUUGCAAAAAAUAUCCUCCAUCGGUGAAGUACAGGAGGUUUUUUCUAUCUGAGCUGAUUAAAAAGCAUGAAACAACAGGUGCUGAGCUGCUAGAUGAUUUGUAUAAUGCACUGGGUGAAGUGCUGAGAUCGGAAGAUUCACCGAUGUGUUACAAGAACUAUUUUCUGUUGUCAGGAGAGAACAUUACACUGGCUGAAAAUGUGGCAAUAAUCUCUGAAGGAACCACUGGUCUGGUCACAUGGGAAGCUGCACUGUACUUUGCAGAAUGGGCGAUGGAAAACCCUGAGGUGUUUAAUUGCAGGACCAUUUUGGAGUUGGGUAGUGGAAUUGGUCUCGCUGGAAUUGCCAUUUGCAAGACUUGCAACCUGAAACGGUACACAUUCAGUGACUGUCAUCCUAAUGUACUUAAGCAACUCAGGAAGAAUAUUAUUAGAAACAAUCUGCAAAUAGAUUCUGACAUCUGGAACCCAAAAAAAUGUGGAGUAGAGGUCAAGAGUAACAAUGGAUCUGAAGAAAUCCGCAGACCAAAAGUUUCUGUUGUUCACUUGGACUGGGGAGAAAUUGCACAAGAACAGAUUUCAGAGCUUCAAUCAGAUAUUAUUAUUGCAACAGAUAUAAUUUAUGAUCCUGAGGUUGUCCUCUGCUUAGUUUCUCUACUGGAGAAACUUCUUGUUGCUACACCUGAUGGAAAGAUGAAAACAAAUUCUGUUGUCUAUUUGGCAUCCACCAUACGUAAUCCAGAGACUUAUCACCAAUGCAAAAUGGAACUUGAUAAAAUUGGAAUUGAAUAUCACACAAUGAAAGGACCUGCCACAGAGGUGUUUCCAUACAACAGGUGCACAAAAAUAGAGUUGCUUAAAUUAUAUUAUGGAACUUAAUGUCCAAAAUGCUGGAACACAAAAUUAAA